CAGCUGUCCAGGUGCCCUGCCUGUCUGUCCCCUGAAGAUGGACAUGAUGGAUGGCUGCCAGUUCUCGCCUUCUGAGUACUUCUACGACGGCUCCUGCAUCCCAUCUCCCGACGGUGAGUUCGGGGAUGAUUUUGAGCCAAGAGUGGCUGCCUUUGGGGCGCACAAACCAGAGCUGCAAGGCUCGGACGAGGAUGAGCACGUGCGAGCACCUACUGGCCACCAUCAGGCUGGCCACUGCCUUAUGUGGGCCUGCAAAGCGUGCAAGAGGAAGUCCACCACUAUGGAUCGGCGGAAGGCAGCCACCAUGCGCGAGCGGAGACGUCUGAAGAAGGUCAACCAGGCUUUCGAGACGCUUAAGAGGUGCACCACCACCAACCCCAACCAGAGGCUGCCCAAGGUGGAGAUCCUGAGAAAUGCUAUCCGCUACAUCGAGAGCCUGCAAGAGCUGCUAAGGGAGCAGGUAGAAAAUUUCUACGGCCUGCCAGGACAGAGUUGCUCAGAGCCCACCAGCCCCACGUCCAAUUGCUCCGACGGCAUGCCUGAAUGCAACAGUCCUGUCUGGUCCAGAAAAAGCAGCAGUUUUGAUAGCAUCUAUUGUCCUGAUGUACCAAACGUAUAUGCCACAGAUAAAAGCUCCUUAUCCAGCUUGGAUUGCUUAUCCAGCAUCGUGGAUCGAAUCACCAGCUCAGAGCAACCCACACUGCCUCUCCAGGAACAUGUGUCUCUCUCCCCAGUCGCCAACAUUGAUUCACAGCCUGUGACUCCAGGGGCCUCUAGUUCCAGGCUCAUCUAUCAUGUGCUAUGAACUGAAAAUCUAUUCUUGAUCAGCACUGCCAAGAGGGCCUAUGACACAG